CAGAAAGCCGAAGACUUUGAAGUCAAUUCCGUACAAUUCUGUUGUUUUUAAUCUUUCUGAAAGAAAAACCAAAACCAAACUCUGUCACAGCAACUCAACACUUAACAGAAACAUACACAGACAGUUCAAUUAAUCCAAUCAAAAAAUUGUAACAUUCUCAAUUCAUAAAAGGAUAGAGAGAUGAUCGUCAUCAGCAGAGCAGCAGAAGACGACUUGUCAGUGCCAGUGGGGUUCAGAUUUCAUCCCACAGAUGAAGAACUGGUGACCCACUACUUGAAGAAGAAGCUGAGGGGCAUGGAUUCCCAUGUCAGCAACAUCAUCCGAGAAAUUGAUAUCUUAAAGUUCGAGCCUUGGGAUUUACCUGAGAGAUCGUUGCUGAAGUCGGAUGAUGAAAAUUGGUUCUUCUUCAGUCGACCAGAGUACAACAAGCACAAAAAAAACAGGACCACGCAGGAAGGCUUUUGGAAGAUCACAGGCAGAGAACAUCCGAUCAAGGCUCGAGACAACAGAAGUGUCAUCGGUAGAAAGAGGAUUCUGACCUUUUACAGAGGUCGUGUUCGUAAUUCCGAAAGGACCAACUGGGUCAUGCAUGAGUAUUAUAUCCCUGAUGACAAUCCUAAUUCUCAGAGGGACUUCGUUCUCUGUCGCUUAAAGAAAAAUGUGAAAAAAUCAGAUGAGAAUGCUGAUGUUGCAGCAACCUGUGAUGAAGGUGAAACUCACAACGCAUCUGAUGUCGAAAAUCAACCAGUAAAUGACAUGAAUAUGGAAUAUACUUGGCCACGGGAAAAUCUGGACUAUUUUGAGCGGGCAAGGGAUCUUUUGCUUGCAAAUUCCCCUAGUAAUAAUGAUCACAUUGCGUUUCAACCUGCUCAUGACCAGGAGGCUAAUUUUGAAGAUUUCUUAAGAACGCUUAUUGUUGAACCACAAUUUGGAGUAACCAGUGACAGAGACAGGGAACCAGUCCAUCACCGGGUCCAGAGUUUACAAAUGCGUUGUGAACCACAAAUACCGUAUGAACUACAAUGUGGUUCGAGCCAGUCCAGACGAGAUACAGAUGUUAUACUUCAUAACCAGUUCUCCAGACAGGCUUCUUCCUCUGUCAAUGUAGCAUCCAAAGCUGGUACAUAUCAAAGAGAACACAGACCACAACAGCAAUCAGGUCCCAUCAUUGUCUUUAGGGAUACUUCCGCUGACGAAUAUUAUACAAGGGAAAAAACACGCAGAAUAACAUAUCCACCAGAAAAGCCCAAAGAACCUGAAAAACCUAAACCUAAACCAGAAAAGCCCAAAGAACCUCCAUAUCCUCGAACUGCUGCUGAUUUUCCCCAGAAGCAGAUCUCUAUAACAAAGUCUAGCAUAGACAAGAAGGUGCCUCAAGGCAGUAUGGAGCAGACACAGAAUAGAACAACACCCAGAAAUUGGAAGGGUUCCUUCAUUACCUGGCAAACAUCCCCGUUGACAAGCCCCCCAUCAGUCUACAUUUUCAACACGGUUCUAGGCAUGAUUUUGUUCUUGUUUUGUGUCCGGGAAGUAGUUUUAUAUGGGGAGUGGUGCUAAACUCACUCACCAGAAAAUAGUUAAUUCUUGUUCUCUAUAUUCUGUAACACAUUGAGUAAUGCCAGUCUUACUGGGUACUUAUUGUUUGGUAUAAAAAUAUGCGCUAAUCUCAGCCAUGGCGAUGGCUUUGCAGUGAUGAAAUGUUCAUAUAUGCCUAUAGAGAUUAACAGUCUUUCUUUCUA